CCCUUUCUGGUGCUUCUUCUUUCUUCUUCUUCCCUCUUCCUCUCCUCUCCUAGGGUUAGGAAAUUGCUAUGGUGAUUUGAGACCUUGUGCUACAAAUUGGAUAGGAAAGGAGGCCCUCUCCUCCUUGUGCCCUCCGGGUUUUUCUUUCCUUCUUGAUUUCUACUAGAUUUUUCGAGUCCCAUUGUGUCUGUUCGUUCGUUGACUUGCAGGAGUUUUGAGCCUCGACACUCGGCGUACAGCGGCCUGGCCGCGCAUGCGCCAGGUAGGGCACACCCCCAGCGCAGGCCUUAGGCGGUGGCGGCCAUCGCAUUUCUGCCUGGGAGUGCCAAGUGCGGUCAACGGGCAGGAGGCCCACGAGCGCACGGCGGUGGCCACCCGCAUGGCACUCUGCGCUCGCCCGGUGUAAAUGAUGCAGUGGCGGGGGUAAGCUGCCAGACGCGCAGCACGGCAGCAAGCAGUUAGCGGCGCUCGGCCCAGUUCUAAGGCGGCGGCGCGGCACUAGAGUGAACUUCAAGCGGCACUGGUGGGGCAGCGACUCCAGCCCGCAGCAGCAGUGUCCGUUUUUCUUGUGCAGGAAGAUGGAUUGGGUGCAUGUGUGCGAGAUCGCGGCCUCGAUCGAGCUCGCUCUUCAUCAGCAAAAUUGCACCCACAAGGUGUACGAUAGAAUGUCUCACUAGGUUUUUCUUUUUCGGUUGUUUUUGCUAGAAUUGUUUUAGGCUCUAGUUGAGUAGCUUGUCAUGUUCUAGUGUUGCCCUCUAGCCAUAGUCUCUUAGUUCUAACACUAGAUUUUUUUCAUGCUCUAGGUUCAAUUAAUUUCCUGCUUAAUUAAAACCUGAAAAGGCAAAACAAAAAUUAGCUAAGUUGUGCAUGUGUUAGCUAAAUAUCAUUCCAGUAUUUCAUAUUUUUGUUUCUCUGUGUCCUAACCCCUCUUUGCUCGAGUACUUGAGAUGUUUUCUUUUCGGUGAUUUUUCUCUGAUCGGUUUUUAUGUGUUUGUGCGAGUGCGCGAGUUUCAUGUGUGCUUUUCACCACUUUGCUAGUGUGUUCUGACUCCUGUGGGUGAGUAUUCCUAGUACCGAUAGCCAUCCUGAGUUAUGCGAUACUGAUACUCACUGUUUGAGGUGUGUCGGGUGUAAUUGGGACUUUUUCUCUCUGGUUUUUGGAAAUUGGAUUUGAGGCUCCCAUUCACCCCUCCCCUUUGGUCGCCUAUUCGGUCCUUCAAUUGGUAUCAGAGCCGGUUAAGGAUCAUUCCACCUUAAACGGUUCUUGAUCCGUGAAGGCGACAUGGAACGAGGUUCAAAAAUGUUGCCGUACUUUGAUGGAACAAAUUAUCCCUAUUGGAAGAUUCACAUAUCUGCAUAUCUCCAUAGCAUCAGCUCAUGUGUUUGGGAGAUUUGUGAGGACGAACACUAUGAGGUUCUUGCUGCUCGUGUUAUUCAGGAGCAAAUUGACCAUUAUGAGGAAAAUAGCAAGGCUCGUAAUGCGAUCUUUUCUUGCCUUUUGCCUACUGAAUUUGAUCGUGUUUCUCACCAUGCUACGGCUCAGGAGAUCUGGAAAACUCUUGAAAAAUAUCAUGAGACGUACAGAUGUGAGUAUGAGAACUUUGUUCAAUUGCCUGGAGAGUCGGUCGAUUUGAAGUUUUCUCGGUUUUAGGUGAUUGUGAACAAAAUGCGGACAAACAAGCUGCAACUACCCUAUGAUGAUCAUGAAAGAGCACUUAAGCUUCUACACACUCUAGAUUAGAGGGUUUGGGAAGUGAAGGUUUCGACAAUUCUUGAGUCAGCCAACUAUGAAACGCUCACUGAGGACGAACUGUACAGCAAGCUCAAGUCAACUGAGAUUGAUCACUAGACUCAAGCCAAGCUCGAUAACCCUUCUGCUCAGACCAUGGCGUUGGUCACAGAGGAACAACUAGAGGUACUUGUAGAUGAUGAGCUAGCGUUGAUCAUCAACUGGUUCUUGCGGUUUCACAACAAUCGUAUGAACAGUCGGCGUGGUGGUCAGAAGGAGGGAUGCUUCGGAUGUGGCGGCCUCGACCACUUCAUCGCCCACUGCCCCAACAAAGACAAGCAUCAACCCACCAAGCCCAAGGACAAACACGAGUACACCUACACCAAGAACAAAGACAAGCAUGAGCACACCUCCAACAAGCACAAAUCCAAAGGGAAGCUGGACAAGGAUGCUCUCAAGAAGGCCAAGAUUCGAGCGUGCACCUUCCUUCCCUCCACUAGUGGAAAUCGAUGCAUUGGUGACCAACAGUAUUUGUCAUUGUAUGUCCCAAAUUCGUCAUAUUCAGAAAUUCUGUGA